AUGUUUGACUCAAAGAAUGGAAAAAUUGACAGAUACGUGUCUUCGCUUGAAAGCAGUCUCAUGGAAGCAAAUAACAAAAUAAAUGAUAUUGAAGCCAGAAGAAAUUUUGAUGCUAGCUUUUGUGAAGAACUGAAUAAAAAGCAAUCAGAAAUUGAUAAAGCUGUAAAAUCAGAAAGGGAGUUGAGCCUAAAUAUAUUAAAAGACUGUGAAAAUUUGAAACAGGAGACUCGUAAGUUAAGUGACGAAAUAGUAGACUUGCAGUCUCGUUCAAUGCGUGAUAAUAUGCUCUUUUUCAAUGUUGCUGAAUGCGCAAAUAUAGAGGAUAGAAAAAAUGAGGACUGUCGGGACAAAAUUUUGAACUUUUUAAAAAAUAAUCUUGGAAUUGAGGACGCUAAUACCAGGUUUAAAAUAGCAAGAGCCCAUCGUCUGGGAAAAUUUGUUUCUGGCAAAAACAGGCCAAUUGUGGCAAACCUCUGUUAUAUCCCAGACAAACUUGAAGUGAAGCAGCGAGUAUACGACAAGCGUGAGGAGAUUGAUGUUAAAGUCAGUGACCAGUAUCCGAAAAUUAUACAAGAGCGGCGAAAGCAGCUCAUACCGGAGCUUAUCAAAGCAAGAGAAGAUGAUAAAGAGGCAGUACUUCGAUACGAUAAACUUUAUAUUGACGGCAAACUGUUUCGUUUUGCAUCAGAUCAAUAG